UUCUCGCGCAACGUGCAAGAAUACGAAUGGAUCAUAUACCUGUACUUGUAAUGAAGGAUUUACUGGAAAUGGGGCCAUUUGCGAAGACUUUGAAGAGUGCAUACUUGACACGCACAGAUGUCAUUCUCAUGCGAAAUGCAAGAAUACCAUUGGGUCAUAUACCUGUACUUGCAAUGAAGGAUUUACGGGAAAUGGAUCCUUUUGCGAAGAUUUUGAUGAGUGCAUGCUGGAAACACACAGAUGCCAUUCUCGCGCAACGUGCAACAAUACGAUUGGAUCAUAUACCUGUACAUGUAAUCAAGGAUUUACUGGCAAUGGGACCAUUUGCGAAGACUUUGAAGAGUGCAUACUUGACACGCACAGAUGUCAUUCUCAUGCGAAAUGCAAGAAUACCAUUGGGUCAUAUACCUGUACUUGUAACGAAGGAUUUACGGGAAAUGGAUCCUUUUGCGAAGAUUUUGAUGAGUGCAUGCUGGAAACACACAGAUGCCAUUCUCGCGCAACGUGCAACAAUACGAUUGGAUCAUAUACCUGUACAUGUAAUCAAGGAUUUACUGGCAAUGGGACCAUUUGCGAAGACUUUGAAGAGUGCAUACUUGACACGCACAGAUGUCAUUCUCAUGCGAAAUGCAAGAAUACCAUUGGGUCAUAUACCUGUACUUGUAACGAAGGAUUUACGGGAAAUGGAUCCUUUUGCGAAGAUUUUGAUGAGUGCAUGCUGGAAACACACAGAUGCCAUUCUCGCGCAACGUGCAACAAUACGAUUGGAUCAUAUACCUGUACAUGUAAUCAAGGAUUUACUGGCAAUGGGACCAUUUGCGAAGACUUUGAAGAGUGCAUACUUGACACGCACAGAUGUCAUUCUCAUGCGAAAUGCAAGAAUACCAUUGGGUCAUAUACCUGUACUUGUAACGAAGGAUUUACGGGAAAUGGAUCCUUUUGCGAAGGUGGAUGAGCUCUAUGGUAUGAAUAUAACUGCAAGAAAAAAAUCCGCCCAGAUUAUCAUAAAGGAACUGUCCAAUAUAACAAAUGUAAAUAACGAAAACGGAGUGAAAGUGAUAAUGAACCCAAAUUUUCUCAGCCGAACCGUCGCAAUACUUCAGAAAGUUGUUGGACUGAAUAUUUCUGAUGGCAGUGUUAACAUAUUGGGUCCUGCAAGUAAUAUUUUAGAUGAAGUAAACAGGAAAUAUUGGAGAAACAUGACGGAUGAGAGACUAAUUCGUGAUCUGGUGAUCACUUUGCAAAAUUAUGGAUUUCAAUUAGGAGAAGUAUUGAAAAACGACAGGAGUUCUUCGCGUAUAUUUCAAAAUCAUUCAAACGUUCAGCUAUAUGUCACAUACCAAAAGCGCUCAGAAUUGUCACCUCAGAACAGUCUUUUCAAUUUCCCAAAUUCAUCGUUUACACUUUCGCCUGAUGCGCUUUCGAACGACUGUGGAGCGGUCAUAGUUGUUGUCUGGUAUAAAACACUAAACUUAGUUCUGCGAAAGAGUGGUUUUAAUGGUGAUUAUCACGCAAUAAAAAGCAGAAUCAUUAUUGCGAGUGUUCAACCUGAACCAAGAAUGCCAUUUAAGGAACCUGUCCGUAUAAGCUGGGAUGCAACAGAAGCGGACGAAGCGAUCACUUGUGGAUAUUGGAAACCAGAAUUAGGUGUAAGUAAGUGGAAAACUGAUGGCUGUAAAAUAGGAAAGUCGAAUAAUAACCACUCGAUAUGUGAAUGUUAUCACCUCACUGCUUUUGCGACCAUGGACAUUGGAAAGAAAGAUUUGUUAACCAAGGGUGAGCAAGAGGUUUUGGAAAUAGUGUCUACUGUUGGCAGUUCUUUGUCGUUGGCUGGUGUGUUGUUGACGAUAUUAGCCUACGUAUUGCAGUGGAAGAGACUUCAUAAAGAUGGCAAAAGCAAAAUUUCUUCAAAAGUGCUCAUGAAUCUUUGUGUUGCAAUUGGAAUGGCGAAUUUCCUUUCUAUACUUUCCGGUCCGGCACGUAAUCAUGAGCCAUACUGUAUAACAGUUUCCUUGCUUCUAUAUUUCUUCAUUCUUGCUCUUUUUGGAUGGAUGUUAUGCGAAGGAAUUGUAAUCUACUUAAAAAUGGUCAAUGUCUAUGCGAGUUUAGCUUUGGGUGGAAAACAUAUGCAAGCAUUCUAUGUUGUUGGAUGGGGUUUAUGA